AAUGUAAAGGCACACAUUAAAAGCAUACAGACUGAGAGUGAUAUCCAGGUUAGGGUUCUGUUGGAGAAGAUUGCAAAAAUGGAAGUGGAUAUUGGGGCUGGUGAGAAUGUGAAAAAGGACCUGCAACAGGCACACUUUGAGGUACAAAGCAUGGUCAAGGCCAGACAAGAAUUGACUGCCAAAAUUCAACAGGCAUCCCAGGAAUUGCAGAAAACUUAUAAUGAUCUUAGGAAAAUACCACGGUUGCAUUCUGAACUUGACAGUUGGAGGAAAGAGCACCAGAGAUUACAUGCUACCUUUCAGCAUGAAAAGGGUUUAAACAUUGAGCAGGUGGAGAACAUGCAAGCAAUGGAGAAGAAUCUAAUUUUGAUGGGAAGGGAAGUGGAUAAGUUGCAAGCUGAAAUCAGGAAUAGUGAGCUGACAUUUCAUGGUCCUAUACCACCGAGCUUUUCUGGUGGUCACUACUUGAAUAGUAAUACUUCAUACCCACCCUCAAUACAAGGUGGCAGUGCCUAUGUUGUUGGAUAUGGAAUACCAACUAUGAUGCCGAUGGUUGUCAACCAUGUACCAGAGAAUGAUGGCUUUUGGUAGUGGCAUUCUUCCAGCACCUGCAGCUGUUCCUGGUGCUGAUGCAGUGUGGGAAGGACCAUAUGAUCCAUCACUUGCUCAAGGGUGAACAAAGAAAAGUUCUCAUUAUAAGCCCCUUCGUAAAUUAUUUGGUCUUAGCCAGGUUUUUCGGUUUAUAAGGGCAAGGGGUUUUCUGGUACCUGAUAAGAACCCCAAGAACUUUAGACGGUUUCAUGCUAUCAGUUACACCAAGCCAAGUCAUAUUUUUCUGUAGAAUGUCUCAGAUUGCAAUCUGCAUCCUUCUCUGAAGGGAUGGUUCAAUUUAGAAGUUGUAUGAAUCCUUGUUGGUUAGCAGAAAGCUAAGUAAAGCUCCCACUUCUCUCUGUUUUUGAAGCAGCUACUAAUGACCGGUGACUAGUUUUCUGUUAAUUUUGCAGGCAAGGGUUGAACCAUGGAUAUGAUGAUUAAGUGUGGAUGGGUGACUGCAAAGCUAGAACUAGCAGUGCAUCAUCAACAAAAGAUUGCCUCAUAUGCUCUGCUAUAAAAGCAUUCGGCUUUGGAUGGCUUCUUGGUUCCUCAUUGCAUAGCUUUAAUACUCCUGCCAAUACGUUUUGGAUUGAAUUGAGAAACUUUGUUCAAGCUAGCAAGUUAUGUUUGUGAAACUAUUCAUUGAUCUCCAACUUUAUCUUGAAACCUCUUGUUUUUACUGGUAUAUAGUCGCUAGUUUUAUUUUCUUUUGACAUUAAUGAUUGGAUAAAACAAUAUGAGAUUG